CAGAGAACAGCAGGGACUAUAAAGGCACUCUUCUCCGGAUCCAUGCAGCACCUCAUGCGGUGCAUGGGGGGGCUCUUAAUGAAUCACCCUCUGCUUUUGGUCCUCCUCUGGGAAAUGUGCAGCCCGGCACUGAUUGAGUAAAAGGUCCAAGUCGUCAAGUGCAGGUGGAUCCCCUUGCACGGGUGUUGUUGAUUUUUUUAAACACUGCAGGAUAUUCUUCCAAGUCCACCAUGCUCAGACUGGAGACUCUGGUUUGCACUUUUUCCGCGCUGUGCAUCGCAGCCAAAGCAGAAUUGAAAGCGAGGAAUUGCAGCGAAGUGAGGGAGGUUUGUGCAGCCAAGGGCUUCAGCUUCGUGCAUGUUCCCCUGCAGGAGAUCUCAGGUGAACAUCUUCGAGUGUGUCCGCAGGGAAAUACGUGUUGCACCCAAGAAAUGGAGGACGCCUUUGGCCAGCGGAGUAAACAAGAGUUUGGCGAUCUGGUUGAAGAGAUAAGUCAUGACUUGAGAAGCGUCUUUGUCUCCAGGCAUCAGAAGUUUGAUGAAUUCUUCCUGGAGCUUCUGGACAACACAGAGAGGUCCUUAAACGAGAUGUUUGUAAGGACUUACGGCAAGCCUUACAUGCAGAAUGCAGAGGUUUUCGAGAACCUUUUCGCCGAGCUGAAACGCUACUACACGGGAGGGAACGUCAACCUGGAGGAAAUGCUCAAUGACUUUUGGUCUCGCCUGCUGGAGCGCAUGUUCACCUUGCUCAAUUCCCAGUACGUCAUCACCGAGGACUACCUGGAGUGUAUCAGCAAGUACACUGACCAGCUCAAGCCCUUUGGAGAUGUACCCCGUAAGCUGAAGGCUCAGGUCACAAGGGCGUUCAUCGCUGCCCGCACUUUUGUCCAAGGACUCUCUGUUGGCCGGGAGGUGGCUCAGAGAGUAUCUAAGGUGAGCAGCACUCCGGCGUGCAUGCGAGCGAUGACAAAGAUGUCGUAUUGCCACUUGUGUCAAGGCAUGCCGGCCAUUAAGCCCUGCAAGAACUACUGCCUCAAUGUAAUGAAGGGCUGCCUGGCCAAUCAAGCCGAUCUGGACUCCGAGUGGAACCAUUACAUCGAUGCCAUGUUGCUGGUGGCUCAGAGACUGGAAGGACCUUUCAACAUAGAAUCUGUCAUGGACCCAAUUGAUGUGAAGAUCUCAGAGGCCAUCAUGAACAUGCAAGAUAACAGCGCCCAGGUCUCCUACAAGGUUUUUCAAGGUUGUGGCCAGCCAAAACCCUCAGGAAUGAGUAGGUCUACCCGUGGCGUACCGGAUGUGUUCAACGCCCGCUUCAGGCCGUACAACCCGGAUGAGCGUCCAACCACGGCAGCUGGCACAAGCCUAGACAGACUGAGGAUUAUUUGGACUACGAUGCAACACAGUGUGGUUGAUAUUAAAGGUAAACUGAAGCAGUCAAAGAAGUUUUGGUCCAGUCUGCCUGAGGAGAUGUGUGCCGAGACCAGACUGACUGCAGGGAAUGUCACUGAUGACCACUGCUGGAAUGGACACACCAAGGGGAGGUAUUUCCCCGAUGUGGUAACGGAUGGCCUGACCAACCAGGUGAAUAACCCAGAGGUCACUGUCGACAUCACCCGUCCAGACACGUUCAUCCGUCAGCAGAUCAUGGCUCUUAGGGUGAUGACCAACAAGCUGAAGAACGCCUACAACGGGAACGACAUCUAUUUCCAGGACUCAAGCGACGAGGGCAGCGGUUCAGGCAGCGGCAGCGGCUGCACAGAGGCCUGCCCCACAGACGCGGAUGUUCCCGCUUCCGAGGCCCCUCUUGUGGAAGCAGACCGGAGCGAGCCGAUGGGCGGCGCCUCUUCUCUCUGCGUGCCCCAUCUAGGCCUUCUAACUACUCUGGCCCUCUCAGCCUCGGCCCUCCACAUGCACUGGAGAUAAUGCUGGGACGAAAAACGGGCGAAGACAUAUCAGACUGUACUCUGUCUGCAGGUGUGUAUGCUCGAGGGGGGGAAAAAAAAGAGCAGUCAUGCAUUGAUAUUCCCACUUUCCCAAAGAAUGCACAGUGCCAUCCGUAGACUUUCACGGCAUCAACGCUGAUGCCGAUUCCACAAACUCUGCUGCAGAGAUUAAAACUAUUUUAUAAAUAUAUAAAAUACUCUUUGCACAUAUGACAGACAGUAUUGUCUGUCUCUGUGUAAAAAAAAAUAUAGCACGCACUUUCAUGGUUUUCUAUAUUUGUGUUAGAGGAGGCAUUUAACUGUCAAAGCAUUUCAGAUGUUAUUGAUAAAUAAAGGUGGCACCAAAUGUUAUAUUACAUUUGAAACACAAUGGAUUGGAAUGAAAAUAGUCAAGGGUGCAGAAGUGAGUGUUUCCCUCACAUUUCAGCAGCCAUGUUUCAUUACAGUGUAUAUCAGGGGUGUCAAACUCACUUUCAUCAUGGGCCUCAUCACGGUUAGACGUGUCCUCAAAGGGCCGUUUGCAACUGCAAAACAUACAGUAUAUACACUAUAUCGCCAAAAGUAUUUGGCCACCUUCCUUGAGUCACAUAUGAACUUGAAGUGCCAUCCCAUUCCUAACCCAUAGGGUUCAAUAUGAUGUCGGUCCACCUUUUGCAGCUAUUACAGCUUCAACUCUUCUGGGAAGGCUGUCCACAAGGUUGCGGAGUGUGUUUAUAGGAAUGUUCGACCAUUCUCCCGAAAGCGCAUUGGUGAGGCCACACACUGAUGUUGGUCGAGAAGGCCUGGCUCUCAGUCUUCUAAUUCAUCCCAAAAAUGUUCUAUCGGGUUCAGGUCAGGACUCUGUGCAGGCCAGUCAAGUGCAUCCACACCAGACUCUGUCAUCCAUGUCUUUAUGGACCUCGCUUUGUGCACUGGUGCACAGUCAUGUUGGAAGAGGAAGGGGCCCGCUCCAAACUAUUCCCACAAAGUUGGGAGCACGGAAUUGUCCAACAAUUUUUGGUAUCCUGGAGCAUUCAAAGUUCCUUUCACUGGAACUAAGGGGCCAAGCCCAACUCCUGAAAAACAACCCCACACCAUAAUUCCUCCGCUGACCCCUCUCUGUCAGUUUACGUGGCCUACUACUUGGUGGCUGAGUUGCUGUUGUUCCCAAACUCUUCCAUUUUCUUAAAAUAAAGACAGUUGAUUUUGGAGUAUUUAGGAGUGAGGAAAUUUCAAGACUGGAUUUGUUGCACAGGUGGCAUCCUAUGACAGUUCCACGCUGGAAAUCACUGAGCUCCUGAGAGCGGCCCAUUCUUUCACAAAUGUUUGUAGAAACAGUCUCCAUGGCUAAGUCUACCCCAGGGAAGCUGUGGCUAUGAAAGUAGCUUACCACCACCAGUUGUGAAUGAAUGAUGGGUUCUACAUGUAAAGUGACUUUGGGUACUUAGAAAAGCGCUAUAUAAAUCCCAGGUAUUAUUAUUAUUAUUAUUAAGUGCUUGUAUUUAUACACCUGUGGCCGGGCCAAGUGAUUAGGACACCUGAUUCUGAUCAUUUGGAUGGGUGGCCAAAUACUUUUGGCAAUAUGGUGUAUUAUGCGUAUAAUUGUCUCGUUAUAUUUACAAUUGACCCUGUAUUUGAUUGUCAUUGUUUACCAACAAACUAAUGGAAAACAACACAAGUCAACCUGAUCUAUUGUAGAAUUUCAAAAAAGUCUUACAAUGUCCAACACAAUUUGAACGACCUGUUGCAUAAAAUAACGGAACAAUAUCCCGCUAAGAAUAACUGCAUCUGCAUGCAGUGCAUUUUUUAUAUGUCAAAAUUGAAAUUUCAUUUAGCAAAAUUUUUGUUUUUUAUUUCCAAGCUUUCACAGGCCACAUAAAAUGAUGUCCCCCCCCCCCCCCCCCCCCGGCCUUGAGUUUGACCCCUAUGGUGUAUUUUCUCAAUACUAAAGUAAUAGAAUUGGAUGUACCCUAGCAUAGUUUGUGUACAUGUUUGACACCCCUGAUCUAAUCCCUUCAAACCAAGCCAGUUGUGUCUCCCCCUACUUCUGAAGUUCAAAUCCUGUCCCUGCUGAUGGUAAAAUGCCAUGUUGCUGUGUGAAAGUGCACACAAAGUUUAAUCGAUAUCCCACGUUGUUGCAUUUCUGUAUAAAAGGUACUCUUUUUUUAAAAAUUUUUUAUCACGCAUCAGAUGCAGUGGGAAAGACGUGUUUGAUGUUGACAAUAGUCUCAUGAAAACACUGAUUGUAGGUUUGAAUUGUUCCCAGCAACAUCCACAAAAAGGCAGUCCCUGAAAUGUAGUACUUUCUACAUCCCAGAGUGUGCCAUUUCUAUAGAAGUAGCAGCACUAUAAUGCAGAAUGUGAGGGGAUUGUUAAGAGUGGAAGUUUCAAAAAUGCAAAGAAAAGGGUCUUGUCUGGGAAGCCUGAAUGCUGCUGCGGGCUGGAAGGCGGGCUGCAAGGCGACCACAGUCACCUGUGAAAUGAGAAUCCGUGGAGAGUGGAGAGCCGACAGGCCUGAAUGCAUCUUGUCAGCAGAACGUGUGUUUGUGCACACAACCCCUGAGAGCUAGCAUUAGCUUGUCUUCAUCCCAUAAACAUGUACAGUGCCAACAUAUAUUAAAAAAAAAAAAAUCUUUAAAUGAUGACUUCACACAGAAUGCUCUUUUCAAAGCCUUUAAUGGGUCAUAUUUUUCCAGCGAAAUGUUGCAAAAAGAAACUGAAAAAAAAGGAAAGAAAUGCUUUAGGUCAACUUUUUUUUUUCCAAGUUGUUGUUUUAUGACGUUACAUUGAAAUGAAGAUGAGCAAAUCUGCCUUACUAGUCAAUGCAAUUAAAGGUGAUUGCAUCCAGUGUUUUUUUUUGUACUGUUCUGGAGAAUAAACAUUUGUUAA